UUAAUUACGGAUUAAUUCUUAAUUACUUGUCCAUCUCCUUCCUUCUUGCUACCCUAAUCACCAAUUCACCAUGACAUGGGACUGCUUCUGAACAAACCAUUCAUCGUACACCAUCAUUUCUCCAGGCCUCCACUUGUUUCCGACAUUCUUAAAAGUCAUGGCACCCCUCGCUGCUGCCACCGGCUCUGCACUCUCUGUUAUGCUCCCACCAACUCCGGGUGGUACAAUUUUCACAGCUAAAACUAGUAUUCAUGAGCACCUGAGGAACAACCAUCAUCAUCAAGAGCCCAAGAUUUGUAAUCAAUUGAGGAUACCCCUCAAAUUGCACUCACAAAAACUGCAUUUGUACACAAAGCACCAACCAUUUAAGGCAAUGAGGUCUACCAGACAACUAAAUAGACAGAAACCAUCCUCGAUUGUCUGUGCAGCAGCAUCUGCAAGCGCACAAACUCUGCCCCGUGUUGACAAACCGAAAACAGCAAACACUGCUCCACAACAAGAUAAGACGACAUUCACACCAAGACUUGAUGACAGCGGCCCUAGCCUUCCGCCUCGGUAUGGUGGAGGUGGUGGCGGGGGAGGAGGCGGAUCACCCUCGUCCGGUGGAUUCUUUCUAUUUGGCUUUCUUCUUAUCCUAUCAUAUCUGAAAGAGGAGGAGGAGAAACUACUUGAGAGUAAGAGAAAUAGGGAAUAGGGUGCUCCAAGGAGAAAUGUAGCAUAUAACUUAUAUAGUGACAUGACACUAAUAUGUGCCCUGUCUAUAUAUAUAUAUAUAUAUAUAUAUAUAUAUAUAUAUAUUUUAAAUACAGACGAUUAUAAGAAAAAUUAUUGUAACAUCGGUGAGACAUAUAUGUCACAUCGGUGGUGAGGCAAUUUCAUAUUUUAUAUUUUA